UUUGGCAUUCGGAGAGUUUAGACGUGUUUUUGUCUGAGGGACCUAAUUCGAAAAAUCGAGCAUUAAAACUGAAUAAUAUCUGAAUAUGGCCAAACAUUGCAAGGCAAAAAUCCUGCAAAACUACUAAAUUAGUCAAAAUAAUUUUUAAUAAAACAUAAAUUAUGGAUAUAAUGUGCUAUAAAAACAUUACCAUCUGGCCAUAGUUAGUAAUAGUGCUGUUAAAAUGCUAAAAUUAUAAAAAGAAGUCAUAACAUAUAUAAAUUAUAACGGCUAUUAAAAGUGAUCCUUAUCUGAGGCCACUGGUUAAUCAGCAACAACAAAAACAAAAAAGCCUCAUAGAAAUUGCUUCUAAUCAAAUUGUUAAAGUUCCCCACUUGAAGAGUGAAUUUUUAAAAGAAAAAUAAAACAAAAUAGCGAAAAGAUACUCAAACAUGCUUUUGAAACACAAGAAAGAGCAAAAGUGAAUACAUAUCGUAUAGUUAAAAGUAAAAUAAAAAAAAGUUUGAGAAAAAUUCGGUCGGUUGUUGACCUUUAAACGAUAGCAAAAGUUUGGCAAAAGAUUUGUUUUUUUGCAAAGAAAAUUUGCAUGAAACAUACUAUUAUAUGAAAUAAAUUAACAUUUGUUCUUGUUUGUCUAAAAUUAAUAAUUAAAACAGCGGCAACAUGUGGUGAGAUAUCGAAGAAUGUUGCUAAGUGAACAUUUGACAGAUAAAUGGAUAAAAUAAAAUAAAUAUUUUUAAAAUUAUUAAAUAAAAAACAAGAUUAAAUGGUGCAAAACUAAAAGCGGCAUAGAAAAAUAGAAAAACUACAUUAAAGAAAAAUAUGAAAUUUUACAAAAAAAAAAAUAAUAAUAAUAUAGAAAUAAUGAAAACAGUAGUAAAUAGAUAAUAUAUUUGUUUUCCUCACGAUAUUAUGUUAUCAGCUUAAUCAAGAGACAAACAAGUUUAAGCCAUAAUUAAGAAAGUCAAGCAAAACAAAUUUAACAAGAUAUUCUCCCUGCAAGCAAUGGUUUAAUAUUUUCUAGCUGAUCAGUUGUUCCGUUUCAUUGUGGGUAGUGAGUGUGUGAGCGCUUCCACUCAGACUGAGUUCGUUCGUCGUUCAUAUCUCACGUCGUCGCCGUCGUCGUUAAACAAUCAGACAGACAACUGAACGAGUUCAUCAACAAAGAAAUCCCUGUUUUGGGCGGAUGGUGGAAAUCGCUCAUAAACCGAUACAUACACACACACAAGGCAUUCUGGGGCUAUUAUACACAGAUGAUGAGAUGUGUGCAUACAAAGAGCUCAGCUGAAUCCUUUCAGACUCUUUCUGUCUGUCCACAGGGCCACUAAGAUUUUCUUCAAUUAAAUACAAUUAAUUCAAAAAGUGCGAAGUGUAUAAACAAAGACAAAGACAGCGAUGACCAAUUGUUUAAAGCAAGUCAACGCGCCAUAUAAUUAGUAAUCAAAUUAAGAAAAGACAAAGUGAUCCUUCAUACUCAUUUCGACACAGCCAACUGGAAGUUAAUUAAUUCCAGUGUAAAAUAAGAAAAGUAUAUUUUGUAAACAUGGCAGAAUCCAUGCAUAAUCCUUUAUCAACAUUGGCCCACUUGGAGGAGGCCACCAAACCGGUUGACGAUGAAGACAGUGACGUCAUUACUUUAAAUAUACUCAACAACAUGCAACAGACACCUGGUGUAACCACAAGCCUGCAUAAUGAGUUAAACACCUUGCCAACCCUGACUACUACAGCUGCUGUGCGGCCCACCACUCCACCUAUGAGUCGUUUUCCCAAACGUUUGUUUAGUCGCAAACCAGAAGGUUUAUCAUUAAAUAUAGCUGAGAAAUAUGAGGAUUCUUCAAGCUCAACCACCCCCAAGAUAAGUACACUGCAGCCGGCCAACGAUCCAAGGACACCACCUUCUACAACCUCAACAAUAUUUCCACAUGAGGAAAAUAGAACAGUUAAGCAAAUAAAUAUUGGUUUUGAUAAUAUACGCUACUCCGCAAGACUGGGAUUCUUUCGAAGAGAAACCAAAGACAUUCUCCAUGGCAUCACGGGAUUCUUCAAAGCUGGCGAACUAAGUGCCGUUGUAGGACCCUCAGGAGCGGGGAAGAGCACCUGUCUGAAUAUACUCUCAGGAUAUACAGCCUUUGGCUAUAGCGGCGAUGUAAUGGUCAACGAUGAGGUGCGUGACAUAAAGGCCUUCAAACCAAAUGUUGCAUUUAUUACACAGGAUACUAGUCUCCAGCCGUAUUUGACGGUGAAAGAAGCCAUGCAUUUUUCUGCCAAUUUAAAAAUUGGUACCCACAUGAGCAAAAGUGCCAAAAGAGAAAGGGUAAAAAAGAUCCUGGAAGCUAUAGGCAUGUAUGAAAAUCGUCAUACCAGAACGGGUAAACUCUCAGGCGGCCAAAAGAAACGAUUAUCAAUUGCUUUGGAAUUGGUCAAUAACCCACCAGUGUUAAUAUUAGAUGAGCCUACAAGUGGUCUUGACAGUUCUACCUCCAAUCAAUGUAUAUCCCUGCUCAAGAAGUUAGCCUUAGAAGGACGCACCGUCAUAUGCACAAUUCAUCAGCCAAGUGCGCUAACAUUUGAAAUGUUUGACCAUUUGUAUGCCAUAGCCGGAGGUAGUUGCAUUUAUUCUGGAGGAACACAGAAUCUGGUGCCAUUUCUGGCAGAUGUUGGUUUGCAAUGCCCUGAGUCCUACAAUCCCGCUGAUUAUUUAAUGGAAAUAGCCACCGAUGAUUAUGGACCACAAAACGACAAACUUAUAGCGAAAAUUGAAAAUGGCCGCAACAACAGUUAUCGGCAAACGAAAGCUGCCCGAGCCAAACAAAUGGAAGCAAUGCAGAAAAUAGACAAAAUGAUGGCCUCUGGCCUUAUGACACCUGUUACUGCUCCUGCGCUCUCAACUCCUUUGCCUGCUACACACACUGCUAAUGGCUCUCUAAAUGGCCCAUAUACAAAUGGUCCCAACACCACCGCUUCCGCCCAUCCAUAUCAUUAUCACAAUAGCCAUCAUAAACCUCUGACACCCAUUAAGGAAAUGACUUCCCGCAUAGGUGAUUCCCACGGUAUACUCAGUGAUUAUAACAAUGCCAAAGAUGAUGGAGCCUCAACAGUAGAAAAUGGCUGUUGUCCUUCGCAAAAAUCAAAAAAUUUAUGCAAAAGUGAAAAUAUCUAUGCCACACCUUUUUAUCGCCAAUUGGGCAUUCUACUGCUGAGGACAUUUUUGAUUUUGUGGCGGGACAAAUCACUGACCCUCAUGCGAUUCAUUAUACAUCUGGUGACAGCGCUAAUGAUUGGAUUCCUCUAUUAUGGAAUUGGCAAUGAGGCGGAGAAUGCCUUAAAUAAUUUCCGUUACUGUUUCUAUUCGAUAAUGUUCAUCAUGUAUUCGGCUUUCUCAUCGAUUCUAGUUAAAUUUCCCUUAGAAUUUCCCAUAGUCUCACGUGAACAUUUCAAUCGAUGGUAUUCCUUGCGGGCCUAUUAUGUUGCCAUAACACUAGCCGACAUUCCAAUACAACUGGUGUGCACAACUGUUUAUAUAGUGAUAACCUAUAUUUUAACCGAUCAACCGGGAGAUGUCUUUCGAGUGGUGCUAUUUUGUGUUAUCAUCUUUCUAACAGCGUUGGUGGGACAAAGUAUAGGCUUGGCAGUGGGUGCCUCACUGAGUAUAAAGGUAGAGUGGCAUCAGUUUCAAGCUUUUUUAAUUUAUACAUUUUUAUCAUACAUUUUUCUUUUCAAUUUUGCAGCUGGCAGCCAUUUUGGGUCCUUUCUUCAUAUGCCCGUUCUUAACAUUUUCUGGAUUUUUCGUUCAGGAAAAGCAUGCUCCAGAUUUUUUGAAAUGGCUUUUUCAAACUUCUGCAUUUAUAAAGUCUAUUUCUUUAUAAGGGCAAUGCCUUUGCGUUCUCCCGAAAAGUGUAUAAGAAUUGUAGCAAUGUCAGCGAAAGUGUUUAGCGGCCGUGACACUGAAAAGAGUUCGCUGGCCGCCAUGAAACUGAAACAAUACAAGUCCAUAUUCAAUAAUAUAGACACAAUGUCUGAUAACAGAGAUCAAUUUCAAUUAACCGCCAGUACCAACAGCAAUGGCCCUACAGUAAAAAUUACCAGCAAUGGCCACAUCCAUCAACAUCGAGAAUGUACACAGCCACCGCCUUCCUCAGAUGUAACAACGCCCUUUUUGAAAACAAGUUCAAGUGAUUUGAGACUGCACUUUAGCAACAUCAAUUAUGUUCACAAACAAAACAAAUCCGUUUCCACUGGGAUUCUAAAUGAUGCAUGUGGCGAAUUCAGAUCGGGUCGCCUUACUGCCAUUUUGGGACCGUCUGGAGCCGGGAAAACAUCGCUGCUGAAUGCUCUCUCCGGUUUUAAGGCUUCGGGAAUCACCGGUAAUAUUGACCUGAAUGGAAAGCCCAGAAACAUAGUGGAAUUCCGAAGAAUGUCUUCUUAUAUACCACAAAAUUUUACCAUGUUGGAUCUGCUGACAGUGCAGGAAACAUUGAGGGUAUCCACCGACUUAAAGCUGCCCAUUGAGACUACCAUAAAACAGAAAAAUAAAAUUAUCAAGAAUAUAUUGGAAAUGUUGAAUUUGACACAUAGUCGUCAUACUUUGGUCACGCAUUUGUCUGGAGGGGAACACAAGCGUUUAUCAAUUGGCAUUGAAAUGGUCACAAAUCCACCGAUAAUGUUUUUCGAUGAACCCACCAGUGGUCUGGAUAGUGUCGCCUCCUAUCAGAUUAUAUCCUAUUUAAGGAAAUUAGCCCGCGAUGGCCGUGUUAUUGUUUGUGUAGUCCAUCAGCCCAGUUCAAGACUUAUGCAAUUAUUCGAUGAUAUUUUAGUGGUUUCAAGAGGGCGGAUAUUAUACUCGGGUCCUCAAAACGCAAUGCUAGAUCAUUUUCGAAAAUCCGGAUUUAAUUGUCCGCAGUAUUAUAAUCCCGCCGAUUAUGUUCUUGAGGUCUGCAGUGAUGUGGAUAAUCCCGACCUACUAAAACUAGUGCAAGACAAUAAUUUGCGUCAUGACAAUACCAAAUUUUCGAAUACGGACAAUGGCCAUUCGGAAAACGCCGCCCUUCUCACAAACUCCAGUUCUCUCCCCACACAUACAACUGUCGAUAUAAACUCGUCAAAUCCUAUAAUAAAUGCAGAGAAAACGGAAAUAAUUCGUCCCAAAGAGCGGGUGUCUGUCUGGCGGCAAUUUGUAGUGCUACUCAAACGUUCGUCCACAUCAACCUAUAGAAACAUGCUCUCCGUAAGACUUCGUAUUAUAAUGCACAUUGUGGUAGCAGCACUUCUGGGUUUGGUCUUUUGGCAAAUUGGCAAUGAUGGCGCCAAAACCUUGACCAAUGCUUCAUGUAUAUUUUUUGUUGUUAUGUUUAUUUUCUUUGGAAAUGCUAUGCCGUCCAUAUUUCUUUGUCCUCAGGAAUGUGCCGUGUUUAUAAGGGAAUAUCUUAAUGGAUGGUAUUCAAUAAAGUCGUAUUAUAUGGCCAAAAUUAUAGCAGAUUUACCCUUGCAAUUUAUCUGUCCAACAUUGUUGACUUGUAUAGCAUUCUUUAUGACGGGUCAGCCCAUGGAGCUGGGAAGGUUUGUCAUGUUUUGGGGCAUGUGUUUACUGACCGGCAUGAUAGGACAUUUUAUGGGUCUGGUGUGUGGUUCGCUGUUUCACAUGCAGCUUGGCGUUUUCCUAGUUCCCUGUCUCACAAUACCCAUGCUGAUAUUUUCCGGCUUUUUUAUACGUGUCUACGAGGUGGCUUCAUAUCUACAGUUUCUUUGUGACAUAUCCUUCUUUCGCUAUACAAUUGAAGGUCUGUUGAGGGCUCUCUACGCCUAUGAUCGUCCAGAUAUGAAAUGUAGCAUUGAUUUCUGCUAUUAUCGCCAUCCUAAGAAAUUUCUCACUGAUUUCGGAAUGAAUGGAGACUUGUACGGCCAGGAUGUGUUGGCCUUGUCCAUAUGGAUCUUAGUGCUAAUGGUUUUGCUUUUAUUCAGCCUAUGGAUACGCAUAAAAAAGGCUCUUUAGCUGUUGAUAAAAAGAUUAAAACAAAGUGAUUAGAACAAGAAAAUAUGGGAGGGUAACUUGGUGGGAUUAUUGUUAAGACUAUUUUUGUAUUGUUUUUUAUAAUGAAAAUAUAGUUAACAAGUUACUUACUGUGUUGAAAAAAA